AUGGGUUGUUCAGCAAGCGUAACACCUGCUUCGACAAUUCCAUCAUGUACAAAAGUAGACGUAGCAACAAAUACUGUUUCUGACGAAGCUCUUCGAAGUUUACUACCGGCCAUCAAUGCAGCUAAAUAUUUUAAUGAAACAUCUACGCAGACCGAUUCUUUACAGGAUGACUUAGAAAUGAACCAAACGUCAUGUUCUGAAGGUCUGAACAAUGGCAGGUUGAACAUAGUUUCAGAUAAUCAAAAUGGUCUUGAACAAAGGACCAACUCCAGUGAAAUAGCUAUCAGAACAUACAAUGCGACAAACCCACGUUUUCAUCAAAAUCCACUAGAUCGAGAAGAAUUAGAUUGGAUCCUCUUUGAUCUGGAUGCUAAUCAGUUUUGCGUAAAUAAUCAAAGUUUAUUAAUGUCUGCUUCUCAAGUCACACCCGCUGUGGUAGUAGAUGCUAUUGAAAAGUCAGAUGACUUCAGAAAUGUAACACCCGAGGUUUGGAAAUUGCUCAAUAAGGCCAAAGGAACCGGCGAUGCCACUUAUCUCGUACAAGCUUACACCGUUGAAAGUCAUUUCUACAAAAUACUGAAUCGAAAAUUAGCACGGCAAAGUUUAAGCAAUCCGAUGAGUAUGGAUAUCGUGGCACAAAUGCAAGCAACGUUGUCAGCCGCGUUUGGACAAAUGAAUCAAUUUGUGUCAGCUAUUCAAGCGUUUCAAGCAGAUGGACGAAUAGGAUUACCAAAUAACAACGAGACUGAUUGGGCUAGAUUGUUCUUACAAGCAAUGUAUCGGUUGAUUAUGAUACCUAACUCUACUCUUCGUUAUCAAGGUCUGACAUACCGUGGCAUGCGACUGACACAAAAAGAAUUAGAGUGCUAUAACGAAGAUAGAAUAUUCGUUUGCAAUAAAGCAAUUACUUCGACGUCGAAACUAAGAUCUGUUGCAGAAGGUUUCUUUGGCUCUGCUCCGAGACCAGAACACAUGGUCGACGUCCUAUUCAUUUACAACAUCGAUUCUUACAGUGCAUUAUUUGCAAUUGACGUACAUACUAUUUCUUCAAUACCGCCUGAAGAGGAAGUGUUGAUUAUGCCAGGUAUUCUUUUGACGAUUGGUGAAACAAAAGUUAUAUCUCCACAUUCAAGAGAAAUCGAACUGCGUUCCGCUUACAAAGAUCUUGCUGAAGGAAUGAUGGCAAACUCUCUUACUGGAUUGCUAUCUAAUUUCGAGUCGGAAUCUUCUUCUGAGUCUGAAUAUAAACUUCAAUGA